CUAAAGAUUGUCCCUCUUAGAAGUAUCUACUUGCAUUUUUGGUUGGGAUAGUGACUUGCCAGCAGUUAACAGUUUUGAUAAAUCAUAGUUUACAAAAUUGAAACAAAUGGAUGAACUGUGAUUUGCCGUAGAAGGAAGGAGAAUGGGCAAGCCUGAGGCAUAAUUAAUGUAGAUCAAUUAACUCCCUCAAUUAAUCAUGAGUAACUGGAAUUGAUCUCUAUAUACAGUAUUAGUUCUGAGUAAGUCUAAGUCAGGAUCCAGUACAAGGAAAUGAAAGCUUCUAAAUUCCUUCCCUGGGACCCACAGGAAGAAAAAAAUGCAGAUCUAAAAAUCAGGUUUAUUCUUGCUCAGUUUUCACUCAUAGUUUCUCUUACUUCUGAGUGUCAUUUUUCAUGUUUUCAAUCUAUAAUUCCAAACAAGUGUAUAGUAUCUAAUAGUAUUUCAGCCAAUUAAUGUUUGAAUGUCCAAAACCAUUGUUGUUGCUGUUAGUUGCCGUUGAGUCAUUUACAACUCAUAGUGUCCCUACGUAUAACAGAAUGAAAUGCUGUUCGGCUAUUAGGAACACCAAAAUGUUUUACGUGAGUAUUCUUUGACAUAACCAUUUGAUAAUGAUAAUGAAAGCAUUAAAGACAGGUUUAAUGUAAAUAAUUGAUUCAUUUCUCUUUUCUGUUUUUAUAUCUAUCACUGAAGCUUUCUCUUCCCUUACGGAGCACCUGACCAACUGCCCACAUUUCUUUCUUACUUGCAGAGAUGAAGAACAGGACAGAAGUGUCUGAAUUCAUUCUCCUGGGUCUAACAUAUGAUCUCAGGUCGCAACGAGUUCUCUUCACACUUUUCCUGCUGCUCUAUGUAGCCUGUUUAUUAGGAAAUGGGGCCAUUCUGGCAGUCACCCUGACUGAGCCUCGGCUCCACACCCCCAUGUAUUUUUUUCUGGGAAACCUUUCUUGUUUGGAUAUAUGCUACUCUACAGUGACUGUGCCAAAAAUGCUAAGUGGCUUCCUUAUAAAACAUCAGUCUAUCUCCUUUAUUGGCUGCCUCACUCAGCUGCACUUCUUCCACUUUCUGGGCUGUAGUGAGGCUGUUCUUCUGGGUGUCAUGGCAUGUGACCGCUAUGUGGCUAUCUGUAAUCCACUGCGUUAUACUAUCAUCAUGAGUAAAAGGACUUGUGUUAUGCUAGCUGGAGCCACUUGGGCCACUGGCUUUUUUUAUGCAUUGACGCACACAGUGGUGACCUCUCAGCUAUGUUUCUGUGGCCCUAAUCUUCUCCCUCAUCUUUUUUGUGAUAUCAAACCGCUUCUCAUGUUAGCAUGCAGUAGUACAGCACUCAAUUUUAUCCUGCUGAAAGUUGUCACUGGUUCAAUUUCUUUCUGUUUGCUUUUUUUCACUCUUCUAUCUUAUUUUUACAUCAUCUCCUUCCUCUUCCUUAAACUCCAGUCAUGGCAGAACCAUUGGAAAGCCUUCUCCACCUGUGCAUCUCACCUGACUGUUGUGGCAAUCUUCUACAUUCCAGUACUGUCCAACUACAUGCUUGCUUCUGCCAGUAGCUCUUCUGAGAAAGACCUAAUCAUCUCUUUGUUAUACACUGUAGUUACACCAGUUUUAAAUCCUCUGAUUUACUGUUUGAGGAAUCAAGAAGUCAAAUCUGCUAUAAGGAAGAUUCUAACUCAAAAUGCGCAAUUUAAAAGGGCCUGAAUACUUCUUCUUUUGGAGAAGAUGAAAAAUGGUGAUGAGUAUCUUCAGAGUGCUUCAAUAGCUUUGUAUGUUUAAAUACAGUUAAAUACAAUACACUUCUCCACAGUCCCCAUUUUGCAGUGAUUGCCAUGGACCAGGGUAUUUCGUGGAUAAGACUCAAGGCAGAUAAUACAGUAGCUUUCAUUGUGGAAGAUUACUCUGGAAUCUGAUAGGCUUUUAUUCUACUUGCUUCUAUAUAUGGGGCUAUUUGAGAGUCAGUGUCAGCACCUGAUCAUUCGAGCAUUCACACUAUCACAGUCAGGAGGCUGGGAUUCCUUUAACUGUUUUAAUGAAGUGUAAGGAAUGGUACAGAAGGCAAGUUGCAAAUAAAGAUUUCCUGCUCAAACCUAACUUAAAAUUAUGUUCCCUUAGUUCGUCCCCUUUCCCAUGAAACCAUGUUACUCCCCCUCCCACACAGAUUGUAUUCCUGGCAUAUCUCAAACCCGUGUCCUUGAUGGGUUCCAUAGCCAUAAUAAACCACUUUACACUCCAACUUCACACCCCCUCCCAUCUGGCAACAUGAGAGAAGGAAAUGAUGGGAGAUGCUCCAAUAAGGGUUUCUGUGAAACCUUUGAUCGGGGAAUCUGACAGGAAUCAUAUACACCCAAAAAUGUUCAUGGGAAAACAGAAAAUAUUACAUCAUGAUGAUGAUGAUGAUGAUGAUGAUGAUGGAACUUCAGACAAAGAUUCAUAAGGAUUCCAAGGAUAUUAACAAAAUAAUGCACAGUUACUGUAGAGUAGCAUAUAUCCAAACAAGAAAGUUUCUUUCUUUCUUUAUUUUAUUCUCCGAGCACCUCAGAGAAUAAAAGCAUGUAAGGGAUCAGUGCAGGGAGAAGAGACACAUAAGAACAAUCCAGUCUAACACUCUGGCACCCCUCUAUUCCAGCCUAAGUCCAAGGCCUCAAACAAGAUGCCAUCAAACUCUCCGAGAGCACCCUAUCCUUCCUCUGGUACCCAUCUGGCUUCAUCAGUUUUAUGGCACAGGCCAAAGUAACCAGCCCUAUGUUCCUGUUAGGAUUGUAGCACCUCACAGUUAAUGGAUGAGGAUAGAUUGCUGCAUGCAGCAGCAGCAAUCAGACCCUGGAGCCAUGGAGGAUCCAGGAACCUGGCCUGGAGAGUAGGUCCUGUGGGCUGGAUGGCAGAAGUUCUCUCCAACAGCAAGCCCACCAUCACUGAGAGUGGCCUGCCCCUGCGAUCUUGCCAUACAGUAUCUCCCUCUGCC